ACGAGUCGAAAAAAUGGAUAAUCAAAAGACUCUUAAGCUCAGCACAAAACUCUCGUAUGGCGUCGGUCACGUCAUGAACGACCUUUGUGCCUCGAUGUGGUUCACUUACCUUCUUAUCUACCUGCAAUACGUGCUUCAGCUUGAGCGACGCACGGCGGGACUGCUGCUACUGCUGGGGCAGGUAGCGGACGCGGUGUCAACGCCGCUCGUGGGCCUGUACAGCGACAGCGGCUGCCGGGCGACCUGCUGCGCCCCAUACGGCAGGAGGAAGACCUGGCAUGCCUUUGGAAGCGUGUGCGUGCUGUUGUCGUUCCCCUUCAUCUUCAUCCGCUGCUCAGGCUGCUUGCUCUACCCCGCUGUGUACAGCGCCUCGCUGGCCAUCUUUAUCUGUGUCUUCCAGUUCGGAUGGGCAUCGGUGCAAGUCUCACACUUGGCCCUCAUCCCGGACCUCGCGAGCUGUGAAGCAGACAGAGAUGAGCUCAAUAUUAUCAGGUAUUUCUUCGACGUGACCAGCGACGUGUUGGUGUACCUGGUGGUGUGGGCGGUGUUCAGCGAGGACAUGACGCCGCUCAGUGACACUCUUGACCCCAGCGACGACUAUAACUUCAUGAUUGUCACGGCGACGGUGAUGUCGGUGGGCGUGGUUUUCACGCUGGUCUUCCAUGCGUUCACUCCAGAUCCUGUGCUCAGGCCUUCGCGAACUGUUCAGACCUCUCCUACCUCAACGCAGCAGCCAUCAACUCAGGUCAAGGCAAGAAAACCAAUCAAAACCCACGAGAAUGAAGAAUUUUCUAUAGGAGAAAAAAAUGAGAAACAACAUGACGGUGAUGCACCAGAAACAACUGCCACCAGGGAUCCCGCAGUAACGUCCAUUGAAGCUGAUAAAGAUGUACCCGAAGAACAAUCUCUAAAAACGAGCCCCCAAAAAGAGGCAGCUGGGCCCUCCGCGACUGGAGUUCGAGAGCGGCGCGGCAGCGGCAGUAGCAGCAGCCUCGAUGAAUUCGACCCGCGCUGGACGGACCAAAUGAACGAUCAGCGCCGCGAGUCUCAAGCCUCCAGCGAGGCAGAGCUUCUUCUCGACACAAGAGUCCAGAUGUCCUGGAAAGACUGGCUUAAAGAACCUCAAUUCUAUCAGAUCUCGCUGCUAUACACGUGUUCACGCCUCGUCUGUAACGUAAGCAGCAUGUACGUGCCAGUUUAUCUCCAGGAAACGCAGCACUCCACGGAGUUGAUCGCCUUAGUGCCGCUGGUGAUGAGUCUCUCUGGCGUCGUGGCUACCGUCCUUCUACGCACCUUCAGGAAAUGUUCAGGCAAGAAGGGCAGCGUGUUGACUGCCGUGAUGGUAGGUCUGGUCGCCUGUCUGCUGGUGCUCUUCGGGGGCAGGACGCUCCCCGUGCCGGUUGCGCCGGGUACCGCAGCGCCCCUGGUGACGCAGCUUUCUCAGGGCGUCGUGUACGUCGUGGCAGCCUUGUUGGGACUUUCAGCGUCCAUGCUCAUGAUCCUCUCGCUGGCCCUCACAGCCGACAUGAUCGGCCGCUGUACUGAGAGCUCUGCCUUCGUCUACGGCUGCAUGAGCUUCGGCGAUAAGCUCGCCAACGGCCUCGUCGUGGUCCUCGUACAGGAGGUCGCCACCAAUUCCUGCGUACCCGGCCAGCCUUGUGGUUGGUUCUUCGAGCAGCUACUCGGUGCAGGUCUCGGCGCUGCGUUGCUGGUGUGCGGCGUGGGCGGAGCUUCCCUGGCGGUUGGUACCCUCGGGUACACGCGUAAGAUGAGACAAGCAGCAGCAGAGCGCGGGCUGACCAACAGCAGCCACAGCCCCUUGAGCUCCAGUGACUCCAGUGAACUGCUUCUGCCAACAACCACACAGCUUGGCUACGGCGCUAUACACAGCACUGACUCUGUGUAGUGCACCGAUUCGACACUUCA